AUGUGCAAGAAGGGAGCGGCAUGCGAGUUUCGCCAUUCCGAAGCAGCGAGGCGGAACCCGCGCGACUGCUACUACUGGAUGAGUUGGGGGUGCAACAAGGCCGACUGCGCCUUCCGCCAUCCGCCUCUAGGCAGGCCGCCUGGCGCAGCUCCCCCGCCCGCGUUCCCCGGGGCGGAGGACAAGUCGCGCACGCCCUGCUUCUUCUUCGCCAGGGGCGCGCAGAGGAGAGAGGGAUGGGUGGUGGGGGCAGAGGUGCGCGAUCAACACUGCCAGCAGGUUCAGCAUUUGGAGUAG